AUGACGGAUAAAAUUAACACUUCGCGGAAGAAGUUGCGCACAAAGACGGGGUGCUUUACAUGUAGACAAAGGCGAAAGAAAUGCGACGAAAAGUCACCGAUCUGCGAUUUGUGCCGAUCUUCUGGGCGAAAAUGCAUAUGGCCUUCAGCAAGCGACUUACUCGACCGUCGUUACUCCCAUCAUUGCGAUUCACGGCACCAAGAUCGUGCUCUGAAAGAACAAAUACAACUACCCGACGAUGACAUAGGGAACUCAUUGAUACCCACCGUGCAACAUACCUUUUCCCCCUCCAGCCCAACAACCACCUACGACACAGAUUCCGUCUGUCCAUUAGACCUCCUAUCGCAAGCCGCCACCGUACACCGCGUACUCUCCAACCACCUAGAACUGCGAGUCUCAGAUCACUUCUCCGAUAAAUACUUCUCCCUUCUCCUCCUACCAGACUGCUACCGCGGCUUCCACGACGGCUGGCUCACUGAGAUCAAGCAGCUUAUGGUGACUCACAAGAGCUUAUACUACUCAGUCUUGGCUUGUGCUGCAUCACAUAUCUUUCUCUCCGAUUCCGUCUGGGAAAUGCAUCCUGUUGCGUUAUCCUACUAUGCUGAAGGGGUGAAAGAACUUCAGCUUUUGCUUGGGAAGGUUUCGCAAUAUGAGAAUCAUGAUGCGCUGCUCAUGUCUGUGAUGUUGCUUUAUCUCCAUGGGUGCUUGGGAUGGGGUACGCAGAGUGACGUUGCACAGCACGUCAAUGCCGCGACUCGUAUAGUCACUUUGAGGCUACUUGACAAGCCAGCCGGCAUUCAACGACUCUUCGACAGACUCGCCCUCGAAAGUGUCAUAUACCAGCAGUUCCUCCUGUCAACAGGCCUAUGGACAGAAAGCAACCAAUCCGAAUUUGUGUUCGACCCAGACUUUUGGGAUGGUGUUGAAAAGCUUCUCGACAGGUCCACACUCUUAUCAGGAGCGCCUUGGAACGUUGAAAGCCCUGUUUUAGGAGUGCCGUUGUAUUUCUUCCGUACGACUAUAAUAUUGCGGGAAUGUUACCGUUCAGGUGUCAGUCUCGAACCAGAAGUCUUCAACAGGAUACGACAAGAGGUACAAUACUGGGAAGCACAACUCUGCGAUCCGAACUCAGAAUCGAUUUACCUCUCCUCUGAUACGAGGGACUAUGCCAUCAGUGGUAUCCAGAGACAAGUGGCAGAUAAGGUUGUUCUUACAAAUUCUUAA